AUGAACGAUGGAAACCGGGAGAAGGCGAAAGCGACAGCCGCAGCCUUGCUCAAGGAUGAGAGCUUUGUUAUCAAGUAUCCAGCCCUAGCUCGGGCCCUCAAAGAGUCUGUGGAGCCGUCCGAAGAACCUGGAGUGUCUUCCACUGUACUCCUACCCGGCCCCGCGGCACAGAAGCCACAGUUGCCCCUCAAUCCCACGUCCUCUUCUCCUGCAGCCUCGCCGCCUCUGAGCGGCAGCACCUCGAAAUUUCCAGAGCCGACGCAGCAGGCGUCAUCACCUGUGCACCUCGCGCAGAGUCACCCCUCGAGAGAUCCGCAGGGAGGAGAGGCGGCAGAGACACGGACGGGCCAUGUCACGGACGAUGCCCUCCCCGCGGCAGCCUCUGGCAUCGCCUCCCCCACAGGAGAACCCGCAGAGAAAGUUUUACACCCUCCUGUGCACUAUAUGAAGCGGCUGGAGGAGCUGCAACAAGGCUACGUGCAAAUCAUGCAGCAUCGCAACAGCGUGUCACUGCAGUAUGAGCUGCUGAGAAAAACCGGCCGCCCCCUUACGGGCGCACGGCUCCCAAGCGCCGUGGCGCUCAGUUCGUCGCCUCCUUUCAUGCUGCCCAGCACCUCUGCUCGACCCCUCGUGAAGUCUGUAGCAGAUGCGUGGCCGCCAGGCACGAUAGAGCAGCAGCAACAGCAACAAGCUCUCCUGCAGCUUCAGCGCAUGGGAGCAACUCCGAGCGCUGUCCACCCCUGCAUGCCACAAGCGGUCCCCUGGAUAGUCAGCGCCGCGACGCACUCCCCCGAGGCAGUCGCUUCCGCCGCAGAGGCGGUCGCUGGCCAUGAUGGCAGCCUUGCAGAGCGGAGUGCUGCGAUUCAUCAGCUUCGCCAGCAGCUGCAUCCUCACGAAAAGCCUCGUCCAACAAUCGACCCUGCAGUCCUCUACGAGAAAGCAGGCAUAGACCUAGCCGUGCAGCACCUCAAGGAUCGCGCCGAGCGCAUGCACGCUCAGAGCCGCGAAAUUACGCGGGCUUUAGCGCACAAGAAGCAGCAGGCGGAGCUUGAGGCGCUCAGGGAGAAGAAUGCUCACCCCCUGCUGGCCGACGUUACUGCACGCGAUGGAAUUGCAGUGGCGCAGGCCGAAGCUGCGCGCAUCGAGCUGAGGAGCCGCGAUGCCCUUUACCACGCGGCAUACGCUGAGGAUGCAGAUGCCGAGCUGGUGCGGCUGCAUGCGGAGCGCAUGAAGGACAUCACCCGCAUUCAAGAGACUAACCCUCUUCCUCAGCAGUGCCAUGUUACACGGGCAGUUGCUGAGGGUCUGGAAGAUCCUCUGGAAAUCAUGGCCCAGCGCAACGUCGACUUCAGAGUGCAAAGACUCUCGGCUGCGGCUGCUCAGCUUGCCGUGUCUCGCAUGCUCCGUAACUUAGGCUACAGUCAAGAGAGAGAAGAUGCCGUGCCUGUGCGGCGCGGAGAAGGCCCCGCCGUCUAUAAAUCCAAGUUCCCGAAGGCCUACCCCGAGCUUGGAUAUGCAAACGCUUUGCCCGUGAGUCAGCAGGGAAGGCGCGAGCUGUUUCGCAAGGCGCAGCAGAAGGACGGCAAAGUGCCCACGUUUGCAGACUUCGUGGAGGAGGAGACGCAAAGAGAGGCAGUCGGAGAACUGGAUGUGUUUUCGGGGCCUGGGAAGCAGCUCAUGCUCGCGCAGCAGGAGAAGCGGAAAGAAGACGACGACUGGGCAAGGCUGUGCUUGAGCAAGCUGCACUCGAAGAAUAUGGCCCUGGAAGAGGCAAAGAGCGCGAGACAGGAAGCGGAGGAAGCCCAACGAUCUCUGGAAAGAAUGCGCCGUCGCCAAGAGGAACUGGAGGCUGAGCGGGAUGCCAUGGCUCAGCUAGCUCGAAGACGCGAGAAGGAAGCAGCCCAGGCCCGCGAGGAAGCCGAGCGGCAAGCAGCCGCAGCAUCUGCAUUAGUACGCAAAGCUCCAAGUCGCUCUCCUACGCUGACUGUGGAAGCAGCAGCCAGAGCUGGGGAUCCUGCGCGACGAGGGGCCUCUGCUGCGCUGAGCAGAUCUCGCACUGUUUCGCUGUCUCGAGCGUCUUUGUCCCAGGCGGCACGGAUUGACGAAAAGCGUCUCCUGGAAGCAGAGAACCUGCAAAACUGUGAAAAGACGAUUCAAGACUCUUUUGAGGUGCUGCCCCCGAAGCGUCUGCACGCCGCCAUCCCGCAGCAGAGCAGACGCAAGGGCGAGAUCUUGAACAACGCACUGGCCGAGCGCCUGCCGCCGUAUCGAUGCGAGGAAUUCGUUUUUCUGACUCCUCCAGUGGAAACGACACCUGAGAAGCUCAAACUCUUGUACACACAAAUGAAGAAGGUCUUCUCCUCUGGAGAGCUUGGGAGCAGUGAGCACGUGCAGAUGAUCUACGAUUUCUCAGUUGGCUGUUGUCAGGAGUUCGUUCGCAAGGACCCUGCCUCGCAGGUCGUCAUCAACACCGACCUCGUGGACUUGUUGCUGCAGCAAGUCAAUGAGUCGUCCAACAGCGAAGUUGUCGCCUUCUGCAUCCACAUUUUAAUCGUUGCUCGCUCUCCCCACAGAAAAACCGCCCAGUAUUCUGCCUUCCUCGCAGUGCUCAGCAAGUGGAAACACGAGCCAGCAGUGCUGACAAGGGCCUGCCUAGCAAUUGACGCUGCAGCACAAAGGGCCCAGCUGGAAGGACUAGCGUCGCACGAAAGAAAGAAGCUUUUAGGCGCUGGUCAGCGUUUGGAGGAAGGCUACAACGACUUGCGGCGGCCUCCCAGCUACAACGAGGUCGUGCAGAUCUUAGAGUCGAAAACUCCCAAGUGGAUGCCAGAUGAUGCCAGCGACGUUGACAAGGUCUUCGGCCGUGUGACACUGCACGCUAUCAUCAGCGCCUUGCAAGACAGCAAAGGCUCAGUUGUCUUGUGCGCUCACAUCAAUGAAUUUAUCGCGACCUUCAGUUACCAUGUUACGACUCUGGCGGAUGCGAGGAGGAGGGCCGUUGAGCUGGGUGUCAUCGAGGCCAUCGUUAAGAGCAUGACAGCGUGCUCCACAGAUCCGCUGAUGUGUGCCUUUGGCUGUCGGGCAAUCUCUCGCCUUGUUUACAAAGAGCCUGACGACUCGAAGAUCUACACGGAGCUUCUCAAGAUGCGCGCCAUGACCACGCUUCUCUUUGUCAUGUUCAAGCACGGCAAGGAACCCUGUCUCGCCGAGGACGCCCUCAGGUGUAUAGCGAACUGCGCUUCCAACGAGCGAUGUGCCGCGGCCAUCCUCGAACGCGGUGUCAAUGUAAUCUGCAAGGUGGUGUCUGAACACUCCGACAACAUGGAAGUUGUAGCCCAGGGCUGCCGCUGCCUUUGGCUGCUCUCGUCUCAGCCGGGACUGCAAGCGCCUCGUGCAGCCUUGAUAGAUACUGAAGUCUGCAAUCGGUGCACGGCGCCGGGAGCAGUCAGUCUGGCACAUUGUUCGCAGACAUUGCAGUGUCUCGGACCUUAA